AUGGCGAAGGAGUUGUUUCCACACAUUUGGUUUCCAUGCGAGUCGGACGAGUGCACGACCUAUGCUGGACUAUUUGAUCCCCGGGUCUACGCCAGGAGCCGUGGUGGAUCACUGCUGAAGUGUCUUGCUUGCUUGGUGCUCCUGCCAAUUGGUGCAAUCGCGACGCUGUUCCAGACCCUUGAUGAUUGGGACACCUUCUGCGAGGGAGAAAAGCAUUGGGGAAGAGCCGUCCAGCUGGUUCGUGCAUGCUUGAAUGACGUUUGUUCACACAUUUUCUCGGCUUUUCACGGCAUGCUUGUUCAUAUUUGCUGUGCUAUGUGUGGGAACGUGGUGACGGUAGACUCGCUGUGCAAACCAUAUUUGGCUGUUGAUGUUGAUGAGAGAGCGGAACAGUGUCAGCGAUGCGGGACCAGCAUUGGUGUCUGUGGGAGAGGCUAUUGCAGAGAGCACUGCUUCGGCUGUGUCCAGCAUGGUGAUGUCUGCCAAGUCUGCCGGACAAGAGAAUCGGUUUGCAGCAAGCUCUUCUGCAACAAACAUUGCUAUGGCUGUGACCAGCAUGAGUUCUCAUGUCGAGUGUGCCGGAGCACAGAAUCAGUUUGCUUCAAGCAGUACUGCAGCAACCACUGCUACGGCUGUAGGUGGCAUCCUCGAGAGGAGAAGGAGCCUACGCGUGACAUUCUCUCCAGGAUUAAGCUGGCCAUGUCAACACCUCGAACAUUUGCCACCUUUGCUGACAGUUUAGCUCCCCGACACAAGCGGCCGCCCAGAUGGCUGCUUGACAAAAUCACCAUUUGUGCUGAGAGCAUCUGGCAUGAUUUCAGACUUGAGCUGCAAGAAACCGUCAGAAAGAACACCAGCAUACGAGGCGCAGACUUUCGAUAUCAUAUCAUGACGAGCUCCCCCGUGGAGUUGGCAGACAUGCAUCUCUUGCGAAGUGCCCUAUCCAGAUCUGGCAUCGACACCCAGGAAGACAUCCUAGUAGCUUUGAAGCUGCAUUAUGAUUACACUACCACUGGCAGCCAUUUUGGAACCCUUGAGUUGGUACCGCCGACAGGGACGUACUUUCCGCCGCAUACCGACCUUAGCACCGUGGAUCCCUACUUCAGUGGCAACCGACCGGCACAGCGAGCUGUUCGUGUCUUGAAAUACUUGUUCUCACAGCGCAAGCCCAAGCUGAAAGGUUGUUUUAUCGAAGAUUUGGUCAUUCAGGUCCAGGGAGAGGCCGAGAUGCUUGAAGUUGAUGGCCAUGGGCUUCAGCUCGUUGAAAAGGUGCUUGCAGACCUGACGCAUUUUCCAAACUCUUCUGCCACCUGUGUGAUUCAACGCCAUCGCCACAUGGACGGCACAAAGCUUGCUGGAAUGUCCAAGUUGGCAAAGAAGCUGUCUUAG